ACUCUUCCUGGUUUGGCAGAGAGGUUCCAUGGAAUGAAUUUGUUUAGAAAUGAGCACCUUUGAGUAGCUGAGUAACUCUACGAUUGCCAUAAUGUGGGUCAGCAGGACUUUUAGCGUUAGGCCAGGCUCAUUUUUAUUAAUAGCUCUGUCCUUUCUUGUGUCGUUCUUCAGUGAAAUAAACACGCAAACCCCUCCUGGCAACCCUAAUAUCAACGUUGUCGACACAAAGAAUGAAGGUGAUACCGUGACCUUGACCUGUACGUCUUUUGGGGGUAACCCACUACCCACCGUGAGAUGGUAUAAAAACACCCAGCUUGUAGACGCAGGAAGCAGCCCUAACGGAAAUGGAGACGGGGUGUAUACAAUUGGAUCAACCACUGUUACUUACAAUAACUACACUUUCCAAGUGUCAAGGUCGGACAAUGCAGUGUCUUUUAUCUGCAAGGUCAACAAUUCAGCUUUGACCAACGAGCUCCAACGAUCCUUAAACAUAGAAGUCUAUGUUCCAGCCAGUGACCCACUCAUCAGUGGGCCUGUGCCGCAGGUCACUACUGCUCUAGAUGCCGGGAGGACGUAUAAUUAUACCUGUACUGCCAGCAGUGGCUACCCAGUGGCGAACAUUAAUUGGAAACUGGGUACUUCUCUGGUUAACUCGGUAGACCUCCACCAGGGCAUGUCAGGGAGAACAGUACGGGUGUCGGAGAGCACAGCCACCAACUCCGACAGCACGCUGACCAAGAUCAGCCUACUGAGCUGGAUUCCCAUCACUGCCGACAACGGGAAGGUUUUGUUCUGUGUGACGACCCAGCCCGUAGUGUCUGGCGGAGCCAUUACAACAGCUACCAAAUCUCAAAGUGCAGCUGUCUUUGUACAACAGAUUCCCAUUGUUCAGGUAAACAGCAGCAGUUACACUGUUCAGGUAGGCCAGACGGUGACUAUGGAUUGUACUGUCUUGAUGGCACUACCACCUCCAUCGACUGUUUACUGGAGCAGACUAGUCAAUGGUGCCUUUAAUAGAUUAGUCAUCGAUAAUGUUCGAUUUUUCGGGUCUACAGUAAGCAAUGCUAGUUUGACCAUCACCAAUGUUGCCCUCAGUGAUGCUACCAGCUACCAGUGCUCGGCAACAAACACUGCAGGAACUGGAAACAGUGGCGCCACCACACUCACUGUGACCGGAAACUUGGCUCAGGUCCGGAUCACAGAGUCUCGGUACUCCGUCCUGUAUGGAGGAUCAGUGUACAUGGAGUGUACAGUACAGAAUGCAUUACCACCAGUUACCACGGUGAGGUGGUACAAAGGGACAAGUCUCAAUAACAUUAAUACGUCUAUCGAUGUCACGGCUUCUAAGUUCUCAGGCGGAGUGUUAAGCAAUCCCUCCCUAAAUAUAACUAAUGUCAUUCCCUCAGAUGAAGGGUACUACUCAUGUAAUGCCACAAAUCUAGUUGGAAUUGCCUCUGCCACAACGUUCCUAGAUGUUUUUGGUGAUCUGCCCUCUGUAAUUUUGGGUAAUACCUCCUACACUGUGAUGGUGGGUGAUCCUGUCACAUUAAACUGUGACUAUAACUCCUCCCCCUCUCCCAAUACCAUCACAUGGCAGCGUAUACUAAACGCUCAGUCCUCCAACAUUAAUGUUCUUGAUUCUCGCUACGGAGGGGGAACUAUUGUCGCCCCUUACCUCACUAUUCAUACCACCCUCCUUUCUGAUGCGGGGGUCUACACUUGCUCGGUGACCAACCAGGUCGGCACCUCGACGAGCCAACCCAUCUUUCUCUUUGUCAAUGGCAGUGAGUAUGAUGAAUGCAGUGCUUGCAGAUUUUGAAGACUGAGCAUUUUCGGCUUAUGGAGUGGAUGGAUUUCAAUUUUUUUUUAAAUAUUAACUUUCAGACUCGCCUCAUUUGCCAUUUAUUUCAUCAUAUUACAUAAAGGGUGAAUAGUGAUGAAAGCAAUCCUGGUUUAAAAUUAGGAGAGAAAAUUAACACUUAACUCAUUUUACAUUAAUGAGAUAAACUUUGUCAGGAACAUGGUAUCAUCUUAUGAUGCAGGAGUGCAUAUGAUAAACCCAUCUCUUCAUAUCAUCCCACAUUGAAGAGGUUUUGGGAAAAUUGUUUCCUUGUUUGACUUUACUAAAAGACUUGUGGAAUCUUGUGAGAUUUGUUGAUAUCUUAUUAUACCAUCUUUCAUCAUCUGUUCAAUAUAAUAUCAAUAUCUUGGAGGACACAUAUUUCAGAGUGAAGUGUCUUUUGUUGUGGCUCUGCAUGCUGUUAACAAAGCAUGUCAUGGAAUAGAUGCAUGAGAAUAGAUGCAUGUUCAUAUAUAUAAUCAUAAUGAAAUAACCAGAUACAAAAAUAUUUUCAAAUUCUAAUUUUAUUUUCCUCUUUUUGGAUUUAUUUGUUAGCAAAAUAAUUUUAAAAUGCUAUUCAGUGCAAUUAGUUCAGAUUCAAAAACAAAGAAAUGAGAAAUAGACUUAUGCUAAUAAUUUAAAGCUUUGUUUGUGGAUUUUAAUCAUUUUCAUACAAGUUUUAUCUUUUUUUGACUUUAAAUGAUAUCACUUUAGGCAUUCCAUCAGUUUCCAUUCCACAAAGCACAUACAGUGUAAAUUUUGGAGAUCCCAUCAC